AUGGCUAAAAGUUCUUUUGAAUAUGUAAAAAAAUUCGAACUUGAUGACACGUUACUGCCUGAUACUUGGAUUAUUGUUAGACUUGAUGGUAAAUGUUUCCACAAGUUUUCAGAAGAUCACAAUUUUAUGAAACCUAAUGAUAUACGGGCGUUAAAAUUAAUGAACUAUGCAGCAUAUCAAGUAUUGAAAGAUUUUAAUGAUGUAUGUUUAGGGUAUGGGCAAAGUGAUGAAUAUUCAUUUAUUUUUAAGAAGAACACUACACUUUACAAAAGAAGAGCAGCAAAGCUUUUGACAACAAUAAAUAGUAAAUUUUCAUCUUCAUAUGUUUAUUAUUGGAGUAAAUUUUUUGGGACACAAGCCCUCCAAUACCCCCCUGUAUUUGAUGGCCGAAUUGUGUUGUAUCCAUCUGAAGCAAAUGUUAUUGACUAUCUUAAGUGGAGACAAGCAGAUGUUCACAUAAAUAAUUUGUAUAAUACAGCUUUUUGGACUCUUGUCCUCCAAGGAAAACUAAGCCCUGCCCAAGCUGAAAAACGUUUGUGUGGAACUGUGUCAGCUGAUAAAAAUGAGAUACUUUUUAAGGAGUUUAACUUAAAUUACAAUAAGGAAAAAGAGAUAUUUAAGAGGGGUUCUUUGCUUUUAAGGCAACCUGUAAAAAUGGAUGAAUCAGGGGCAGUUAUAUCAGCUAUUGUAGAUAUUCACGAUGACAUGCUUAAAGAAAAAUUUUGGGUUAAAUAUGAAAAUUUAUUGGAUACCAAGGGUAAAAACAAGCUGCCAAUAUAUGAGGGUCCAUUAACAGAUAUAAUAGAUGAACAAAUACCGCUGCCACAAAAAGAGUAA